AUGUUCCAAAUCAUUUUCCUCCUCUCACUUUUCCUCUCCAUAUCCAAUGCUUCAGUCCAAGACUUCUGUGUAGCAGAUCUCAAAGCCUCAGACACCCCAUCAGGCUUCCCUUGCAAGCCAGCCACAACAGUUACCGUAGAAGAUUUUGCAUUUUCAGGCUUAAUUGAGCCAGGAAACGUAACAAACAUAAUCAACGCCGCCGUUACGCCUGCAUUCGUCGGUCAAUUUCCAGGCCUUAAUGGCCUUGGUCUCUCAGCAGCUAGGUUAGACCUUGGUCCUGCAGGUGUUAUCCCUCUCCACAGUCACCCCGGUGCAAGUGAACUUCUUAUUGUGACACAAGGUCACAUCACUGCUGGAUUUGUUUCUUCAGCUAACGCUGUUUAUGUCAAAACUUUGAAGAAAGGUGAACUCAUGGUUUUUCCACAAGGUUUGUUGCAUUUUCAAGUUGCUGCUGGUAAGAGAAAAGCUGUUGGUUUUCCUGUUUUUAGUAGUGCUAAUCCUGGUCUUCAGAUUCUUGAUUUUGCACUUUUUGCAAGCAAUUUCUCUACUCCUUUGAUUGCAAAGACCACUUUCCUUGAUCCUGUUCUUAUCAAGAAACUCAAGAGUGUUCUUGGUGGAAGCGGUUAA